CUCCUACUUGGGAAUUAAUUAUGAGUUUACCAACCAUCUUACAUUUGACAAGAAUUUAUACUUGACCAGAGACCAACCUAUAGUUCUCUCUAAUUACUUUGCUUUAUUCUGUACCCAAAUAGAGCGGGGAAAUGUCUUGUUUGUAUUCUGCCGCCGGUGAUGUCAUCUGUCCGCUCUCCCCCCCCCCAAAGCUAAUUCUAAUGCUUGCCCUCCAUCCUUUGCAACCCGAAAAUAUCAUCUCCCUCUUUCAGCCAUGACUUCCGUCUCUCAAUCCCUUUCCAUUGCUGAGGAGGAUCCCCUCAUCCGGGCUCUUCCCCCGGCUACCGACUAUCUCACCUACCUCACUUUGCUGGAGUAUCAACUCACCCCUGCCCGCCUGCCGACCUUGCACAAGCUUUUACAAGAUGAAGUCCUCACAACCAACAUUGGCUGGGAUCUGGUCAAGCUGCUUCUGCCAAUGCUACCCGAGUCCACUGAAUGCUUGCAGGAUAUCGCGUGUCUAGGCAAUCCGAGAGAGGUGAUCCUACGCGUCUGUGAUGCUCUCAUGCAGCUCCACCCCACAGAUCAUGAGGAUGAAAUUGAGAGCGUAGACUCCCAAUUCCAGGCAGGAGAGGACAACCGGAAGGAUACCCACACGCAGAGCGAAAAAAGUACGGGAGGAACCGAGUCAGCCGUGGAUACGAAACCACUUCCUCUCCAUGUCGUGCAAUUCAACACCCUCAUGGCAAUGCUUUCCAUCCUUCAUUCGCGAAUCCGAACGAAAGUCCCCAGUCGUUUCCUUGCGACCUCACUUCAAGCGGCGCUAGAAGCAUACACCUCUAUGCCAACGAACGAGACUACAAUUGCGUUUUUGGAAUUUUUACGUGAUGUUUCUCCUUCGAAAAGACCCGCGCCUCCUCCUAGAGUUCCCAGCGAGUCGAGCGUUUUGCGUCUCUCUGAGGCGUCUGCUCCGGAUCCGGAGGCCGAAAUUAGCUCUCCUAGUUUAUCCGGCAGCGAGGAGCCGCUGCUUAUCAGGAGAUUCCUACAAUUUGGAUUGAUUGAGCUUCUCAAGUCUUAUGUGUUGAGUUGCUCGGGCCCUGUUGAUCCAGGCAUGUCGUGGACCGUCCGGCUGCAAGAAAAACUUCAUCCAAAGACGAAAAUGCCGGGAACAGCGUCCCCUACAAAUGUCUAUCUGAAUACCAAACUCCUGGGAGAGAGGGAUACUAUUAUUGCUAAGAUUACUGCACUGUCUCGAGAUUUUGGUCUAGACGAUAAACAGCUCCUCGAAGUCGUGUUAAGGCCUCCUGCAGAUCAACCCCCACCUUUGGAUUUUGAAGAUAUUCCAAAGCAGGUCGAUGACAUUCCUCUCGAAAGACAUGGAUCAUUGGUGCUUUUGGCUGCCCGUGCGGCUGUUGCAGAGCUGUUCUCCUCUGGCAGGCCCCCACAUAUUCCUAUUUUCCCAGACCUCGCUAGUGUUUUCGCGAACUUUGUCGGAGGAUUCCAUUCCAUUGAUGAAGUCGCAUUCGAGAAGCCCCAAGUUUUGUUGGACUCGCUGCUUACCCUCACCGUUUUGUCAAUGCAAAGCCCAAUAGCGACCCCUUCCAGUGAGGCAGAGUUUAUGGACUUUAUCCUAUCGGUCACAGCCUGCACUGUCCGCCAAAGCUAUGGCACCGUUCGCAAAAUCCCUGGUGUAAUUAUCCAUAGCAACUCUUCCGAAAUUGCACGGUUUAAAGUGAUCAGGAAAGUUUUGGAAGAUGAUCAUCUCCAACCCAUCAAAGAAAGAGCCAUAGACUGGCUGAAGAACGAAAUUCUGGAGGCUUCUAGCAAAGUCUCAAACUCUAACACUAGCAUUUUCCUCAAUCCCCACUACUUCUCGGUGGGUUUCCCUCUCCUGUUCAGCUCUGCAAUGCUCGAUUUAGAUUUAUCUUCCGAUAUCGUGGCAUCAUGGGUGCGAUUUACCCAAACACUGAGUCCAGCACUCCACGCUGCGCUAAAUUUCUAUUAUGUUUUGAUUUCCUCCCCAAGCCUUCGCAGUCAGCUACAACUCGAGAAGACAUAUAUAUACUUUCGCCAUCGGUUUUUAGAGCCCCUCAAGUCCAUCUGCCACGCUUUUACCGCUGACCAGCCAGCGAAUGGCGGCGACGGUGUGGUUGAAAACGCCGUUGGUGAAGACAUUUUCAAUACCGGCAUGGCACGGUCUGUGCAAUUGAUUCUGCACUCUGUGGAGCAAGUGGAAGAUGUAGUGCGCGAAGCUUUUGUUCUCGGGGACACGGAGCUGCAAGAGCCCAGUGCCGAUGAUAUCGCGCGAGUGGAUGCAAUUCGCAAGGGAACGGCCGUGUUUAACGAGAAAUAUUAACUUAUGAUUGUAAUAUUUCUGAUCUUGAAAUGACUAUUGGUACUUACCUUUCUCUCUCUCUCUCUCUCUCUCUCUCUCUCUCUCUCUCUCUUCUUUUUUUUUUUACAUAUUUUACUAUCAAUCCAACUCCUACAACCAACUACGGCAAACCAGGACUUAAUAGACAGACACAGUCUUAUAUAUAGCAUCACUAGCAAACCAUCCUAUUAGCAUAACCACCGAACCCCUCUCUGUCAACCAACUAGCCAACCAAACCCUUCCUCCAGAUCACAAAAGUACGUACAGACAUGGAAUAGGUCGGUCUGAUAACAACGCAAAAAAAUAAGGAAUUAAAUAGAGAGAGAAAAAAAAAAAACGAGUGAUAGGCACUGAAUCACAGCCAUGAUCCAUUGUCAUAAGUAACCACCACUACCAUCAAUAUUAUAGCUUGAUCAUUGUCAUCACGAACACAACCACCACC